AAAUAGGAUAGGGUUACAUACAUGUUUUAGUUAAAAGGACAAAAUUGUUAUUUCAAAGCCUCACUUAACAGAGAUUGACUGUAGGUAGUGUGACCGUAAUUUAAUAUUAUGCAGGGGUGUCUCUCUAAUAGUGGAUUCUGAGGGAAGGUGCUGCUGCUGUAAAUUUUCCUUUUAAUACUCUUACCUGGAAAAAGGAAACAAAAUCUCUAUAAACUCAAAACUGUUCUAUAGUUAGCAACCCAUUAACCCAACCAUGGCUUCAGCCCCAGUGGUAGUUCCUUUCUCAGUACUUUUCUUUACUCUUUCUCUCUUUUUCUGUGAUGUUUCUGCAUCAGUUCUGAAGGGCAAUGGAGAUCUGAUUCAACAAACGUGUAAGAAGACAGACAACUACACACUUUGUAUGUCUCUGCUUCAAUCUGAUCCUCACACUGAAUUGAAGUCCAAUCUCAAUGGCCUUCUUAACAUUUUCAUCGACAUUUCGAUCAAGAAGGCAACUAGUAACAAAUUGUACAUCGACAGACUACUUAAGGCGGCGAAAGAUGAAGAAUCCAAGCAAUGUCUUGAUCAAUGCAAGAUCAGCUAUGUGCAUGGUCCUUUCUGCAAUUUGAAAAUGUAUAGCAGAAAUGAAGAUUAUGAACAGUUGUGUCGCUUUAGUUUGAAGGUUGUGGAUCUCAUUGAUCCAAAUCAUAAGUCUCCUUUGGUUUAAUGAUGAAGAGCUAUAUGUAAUGAAGAUUAUGGAUAAAUAAAGUUUCUGUUCACUCCUCUGAAUA